AUGGCUGCGGGAAUUCGUCGCUUUUGCCACUUUGUGGUCAAUCUUCGCUACUUUGAUCUCUUCAUUAUGAUCGUGAUUUGCGCCAGCAGUAUCGCGCUUGCUGCAGAAGAUCCUGUUGCCGAAAACUCCACCAAAAACAAGAUCCUCGAGCACUUCGACUACGCCUUCACAGGUGUCUUCACUGUAGAAAUGGUUCUCAAGGUGAUUGAUUUGGGCGUAGUGCUCCACCCGGGCGCUUAUUGUCGCGAUCCCUGGAACAUUCUCGACGCCAUCGUCGUCUUCUGUGCUCUAGUGGCUUUUACGAUGAACAAACCAGCCACCAGCGCUUCAGCUAAGAAUUUGAACACCAUUAAAUCGCUCCGAGUGCUUCGUGUCCUCCGUCCCCUGAAGACGAUCAAACGAGUGCCUAAACUGAAGCAACCAUCAAAUUCUAACAAGAGGCAGGACUGGCCCCAAGUUAUAUCAGCAGGCAAACUUGACAAUAUGUGGUUGUUGCAGGGGCCGGUUGAAGUGCUGCGACCACUUUCAGUCGGAAAUGUUAGCAUCACUCUCAUUCAAGUCUCUGUCUACCUCUACUGGUUUUGUUCUAAAGCAAAAUUUGCGUAUUUUCGUGUCACAUUUUUCAUGUUUCAGGCCGUCUUCGACUGUGUUUUAAGCUCUCUUCGAAAUGUUCUUAACAUUCUCAUUGUUUUCGUGCUCUUCCAAUUCAUCUUCGCCGUCAUUGCCGUGCAACUGUUCCAGGGCAAAUUCUUCUACUGCAAUGACGCCUCAAAAUUAACCAAAGAAGAAUGUCAGGGUCAAUUUUUUGACUAUAACGCAGAUGGUGUUCCAACCACGGUUUGGAGAGAAUGGAAAGCCCAUGGAUUCAAUUACGAUAACGUCUAUUACGCAAUGCUGACACUUUUCACUGUAACCACUGGUGAGGGUUGGCCCGGAGUUCUGAAAAACUCCAUGGACGCGACACAUGUAAAUAGGGGACCUCUGGAGGACUAUCAACAACAAGUAGCAAUCUUUUACAUCACCUUCUUUGUUGUGUUCCCCUUCUUCUUCGUCAAUAUCUUUGUUGCGUUGAUUAUUAUCACCUUCCAAAAGCAGGGUGAAAAUGAACUGAUGGAUCUGGAGCUGGACAAAAAUCAGAAACGUUGCGUGGACUUUGCUAUCAAUGCUCAUCCUCUGUGUCGCUAUAUGCCAAAGAACAAGCGCUCGUGGAAGUAUCGCAUUUGGCGUCUGGUUGUGUCGACACCCUUCGAGUACUACAUCAUGGUGAUGAUUGCACUCAACACACUGAUCCUCAUGAUGAAGUAUCAUCGACAAGAGAGGAGACCUUCUGUGGCAACGAAUAUUGACACGGCUCAGCAAAACUACCACAACUACUGCAACACACUAAUAUUUCUAAAUUCUGCCUUCACCAUCAUGUUCUCCGUAGAGUGUGUUCUCAAAAUCAUGGCGUUCGGACCGAAGAAUUACUUUCGCGACCGAUGGAACAUUUUCGACUUCAUCACGGUGAUAGGUAGCAUCACAGAUGUUCUGGUUUCUGAACUUCAGCAAUCAGCAUUUUUAAGUCUUGGUUUCCUACGACUCUUCCGAGCAGCGCGUUUGAUCAAGCUUCUUCGACAGGGCUACACAGUGCGCAUCCUCCUGUGGACGUUCAUUCAGUCGGUGAAAGCAUUGCCUUAUGUCUGCCUCCUAAUUGUCAUUCUCUUCUUUAUCUAUUGCAUCAUCGGCAUGCAGGUUUUUGGAAACAUAAAAAAUGAUCCAAUGACGCAGAUGAAUAACCACAACAACUUCCAGACUUUUGGAAGCGGUAUCCUGCUCCUCUUUAGGUGUGCAACUGGCGAGAAUUGGCAGGAGGUGAUGCUAGACUGCGACGCGGGUCGGGAGUGCGAGGGCUCCGGUACAUCGUGCGGCAGCAAGACAACUUACCUCUACUUCGUUACCUUCAUCUUCCUCUCAGCCUUUCUCAUGCUGAAUCUAUUCGUGGCCGUUAUCAUGGACAACUUUGACUACCUCACACGCGACUCCUCCAUCCUCGGGCCUCACCACCUCGAUGAAUUUGUACGCGUUUGGGCUGAGUACGAUCCCACCGCUCGCGGUCGCAUACAUCACACCGAUAUGUACGAAAUGUUACGAAAUAUGGAACCGCCUGUUGGUUUCGGGAAGAAAUGCCCUUACCGACUAGCCUACAGGAAACUCAUCCGUAUGAAUAUGCCCGUCGAUGACAACGGAACAGUGCACUUUACAACCACCCUUUUCGCGUUGAUUCGUGAGUCGCUAAGCAUUAAAAUGGGACCGGCAGAGAUUAUGGACCAGCGUGACAACGAACUGCGCUAUAGCCUACUCAAACUCUGGCCCGUGCAAGCCAAACGUAUGAUGAACAUUCUUGUCCCACCGGACUCAGAGCUCGUCUAUCACAAGAUGACAGUCGGAAAGAUUUACGCAGGCCUGCUGAUUCUCGAAAAUUAUCGACUCUCCAAACAUCCUCAAGGCAAAGACCAAUCGAAAUCGGCUGACCUUCUGGCUCGGUUUUUCGGUGCCGUCACCCACAAUGUACAUCGAUCAGCCAGGAACUCGGAGACCGAAGACGACUCUCUUCACACUGGAAGUCGUUGGAAAUCACCCAAGGAGGUCGUUAGCAAACGUCCUACGAAGAACCCUCUGAUGAGCAACAGUGCAAAGAGUGCAGACUCACAACAGUCUCUGAAGGCGAGAGCAACGCCACCUCGAGCGGUAGUCAGUGCAGCAGCGGAGGUGGAGAGAGCGCCAUCUCGAAGCAGUGACCUCUCCUUCAUCGAAGAGGAGGAAGAGGAGGAGGUGGCAGCUAAGACGUCAGUGGUGCAGGAGCCACUGGAACCCGUGCGCAGCGUGCCAAGCUGUCGUCUCGCCAGUCGCCCUAUAGCCACGUACCCGCCUGCCGCCAAGGCCUGGCGCCGCGGUGGCGGCAGCGUUUGCGGACGAGAGGUGGCGCCGCGCUCGCGCUUUCACAUGCUGCAACCCUAUCACCGCUAUCAGUAUCACGGGGGUCGUGACCUCUCCACUUCCUACCACGGCAUGAUCACCUCGGGCGAGAAGCGGCCCCAUGACAUGUCGGAAAGCAUUUCUCUCGGGGCACAGAAGACCCACUCACCUGACGAUGGCGGUGGAAGGAGCCCAAUUCAACCACCUGCUCCCAAACGCAUCAUUCUCUCGGAAUUCAGCAAGUCGGAGGACUUCAGUAGUGGUGUUUCUCUACCUCAAACCCAAGCUACAGGUCUGCGUUCACGCCAGCGUUUCUCCCCUGCGUGGCAAUUGAACCCUGUGGGAUGCUACCCAGUGUCUCGUAUCUCUAAUCUUGACAACCCCGUCCGAUUCUUCCACUCUUCCAGAAGAUUCAAUGACCCCUUCUUCAACGCUACCUCCUCCUCCGCAUUUCGCACGACCCGUGAAGAGGCCAUGGGAGAGUAUGGGUCAUCAAAAUAUCUCCACGACUACACCAAUGCCCCUUGCGUUGUUGUCGCAAAACCACCAUUUUCGCUAAUGCCUCCACUGAAAGACCCACAGAAUUACAGCCCAAGUGUUCUUCAUCGUGGAGAUGACAGCAUUUUGGCUACCAGGAGACCCCUUUAUAUCAACUUCCCCAAGCUUGAGCACUCUCCAACUGGCUCAACAGAGAUUUACACUGAUUUUUUGGAGGAGGCAAUGUUGGAUCAGGAAAAACUGUCAUCCCCAUUGCGGGCCUCUGUACUGCGGCCGACAAUGCCGCCACCUUUCUAUGAACCAAUAGAUCCAGUGGGUCAGGGAGGAAGUUUAUUGAACGCCUUCACCCCGCCAACCCCGCCCCUACCACCUCAGCGGUCGGUGAACAGGUCGCUAGACUCUAUCCUCCUUCGAAUGAGAGCCGCCAGCCAACACCAUCAGCCCCUAACCCACCACCAGCAGUUGGUUGUGGAAACUAAUAGACCUACUUUCUAUAGCCCUCACCACUUUCAACACCGACACCAACAAGGCGAUCACCCCUACAACCACCACUAUUACCGAUACCACCUGCCUUAG